AUGGACGCAGCGCUGAGUGCGAUUGCGACCACAUGUCCUUCAGACCAACGUCCCGCAAAGUACAAGGAACAGCUGGAUUCUCUUUUAAACCUAAAGUCAGCUUCAGAUGUAUUUGAGCAGUCUCGGGUAUUUAUUCUCCAUGCUGUUCAGGACUCUAUUGGUCUUGUUUUGUCCAGACAGCUGCUUCAAGAUUUUACCUCUUUGUUCUUGACAUGGAGCAAGGAAAAUCCAGACAAAGAGAGUGUCAAGAGUAUAUGGCAGUUUAUGCUUGAGCGUAUGGCCUCGAGAGCCGUUGCUUUUGAGGAGCAGAUUGCUCAAGUACGUGAAAAUCUGGCAGAUCUUUUCGAGGCAGAAGAAGAAUGGACACUUGCUGCCAGAGUACUCCAAGAAAUCUCGAUGGAUUCUGGGCAUCGUACCAUUACACAGGACUACAAACUAAGAAUUUAUAUUCACAUUGUACGCCUGUUUUUAGAGGAUGAAGAUGCAGUUUCUGCCGAAGCUUAUUUGAAUCGAGCUGCACUACUUUUCCCGGACUCGCAAGACAAGGUAAUGCAACUUCAAUUCAAAGCAUGCCAAGCACGCAUGUUGGAUUUUCGUCGAUCGUUUUUACAAGCCGCAUCCAAAUACCUUGAACUCUCGUAUAUCGUUGAUCUGCAUGAUUCUGAGCGAAUCAAUGCCUUGAUACAGGCAGUAACAUGCACGGUUUUGGCUGGUGCUGGUCCGCAGCGCACUCGUAUGCUUGCUGCUCUAUAUAAAGACGAGCGAGUUCGAGAACGUCCAGAACUUAAAGAAUCUGGUGUUUUUGCUAUUCUUCAAAAAAUGUAUCUUGGUCGUGUUCUUCGAUCAUCCGAAGUUUCUGAAUUUGCUGCCACACUCAAACCCCAUCAAUUGGCCAAGUUGGGAGAUGAUACCACCACUGUUCUUGAUCGUGCUGUUAUUGAACACAAUCUACUGAGUGCUAGUCAGCUAUACAACAACAUUACGUUUGAGGAAUUGGGUGGACUAUUAGCAAUUUCUGCUGAACAGGCCGAACAAGUUGCAACCAAAAUGAUGGAGGAAAAUCGGCUUAUUGGAACUAUAGAUCAAAUUGAUCGACUAAUAUAUUUUACUCCUUCGCAUGUGUUGCCAACUUGGGAUACUCAUAUAUCAGGCGUUUGUUACCAACUGGAUGCCAUUAUUGAUGGAUUGAAAGAACAUCAUCCUGAAUGGGCUACCAAGGCACUGGCAUAAUACUAUUGGACUCGCAUUAUUGACUAAUAAAGCAAUGCUUUGACUUUU